GACAGUUCUAUUUCUCUAAUCUCAAAAAGUGCAAAAAAGAAUUAUUUUCCUUUUUCUUCCCUUUCAAUAAAAAAGUUUAUUGUAAUAUUUAUUUUUUUCCGUUCGAAAUUUUGCAAAUUUUAUUUCGAUUUUUAAAAAACUACUUUUCAAAAAUGCCUUCAAAUCUCAAUCCCAAAAGAAAACCCCUAAUUUAAAUUAUCGAAUUGCCACCGAUACCAAAACCAAAUCCCAUUUCAUAUUCUCAAUCUCAAGAAAGAAAAAUGAAGAAAGACCAAAAAAAGCAAGAUAAGAAAACUUACAAUUUUCUCCAGCCAAAAGCCACAGGCACAGCCAGAGCCAGCGAAAGAAAACAAAAUUAAAAGAAAAACAAAUUGUUUAUUUCUGUAUUUGCAAAGCAAAUAAACUUUAUACCUUUUUUAUGAGGCUUGGAAAUAAUCAAUUAACUGAAGAAAUUAUUAAGCGUACGAAGAAUUCGGGUUCGGGAAAUCCGUACAAGAUCGAUACAAAAAAAAAGCUAAAGAAAAUAAUCCCAGCGUCUCUGUCUAGUCUAAUUGGGUGAAACAGAAUUAAAGCAAUAAUAACUUUAUAUCACAAUGGCUGAUGGAAUGGGGGGUAAUUUCAACAUAAAACAAGAAAUCGACACAACAACAAAUUGUUGCAGUCCCACAACAUCAAUUCUCAAUUGUUCAAAUUCUAUUUCAUAUAGCAGUUCGGCUAGCAAUCAACUCCAGACAUCACCAUCUGUAUCACCCGAGCGUCAGCUGUGCAGUUCGACAACUUCAUUGUCGAGUGAUUUACUUUGUGGCAAUGGUGGUGAAAACAAAGCUGGAAUACGUGAGGAAAUCCGUAGACUAUGUUUGGUUUGUGGAGAUGUUGCAUCGGGAUUUCACUAUGGCGUUGCUAGUUGUGAGGCAUGUAAAGCAUUUUUCAAACGCACUAUUCAGGGCAAUAUUGAGUACACAUGUCCGGCGAACAAUGAGUGCGAAAUCAAUAAGCGCCGCAGGAAAGCAUGUCAAGCAUGCCGUUUCCAAAAAUGCCUUCUCAUGGGGAUGCUCAAAGAGGGCGUUCGGCUGGACCGAGUUCGAGGAGGGCGGCAAAAGUAUCGACGAAAUCCCGUUUCGAAUUCCUACCAGACCAUGCAAAUGCUCUAUCAGUCGACUACAUCAUCGCUGGAAGAUAUCAAGAUCCUAGAAGUACUCAAUACCUAUGAACCAGAAGCGCUGUGCGUGAGUCAGCAGGAGGAAGUCAAGAGCAGCAAUAAUUUCUCAUCGAAAUUCGGAGGCGAUGCUCAUGACAUGUUGGCUGUUUUGAGCGAUCUGUACGACAAGGAACUGGUUGGUGUUAUUGGCUGGGCCAAGCAAAUACCCGGUUUCACGGAACUGCCACUAAACGAUCAAAUGAAACUGCUCCAGAUAUCAUGGGCGGAAAUACUGACACUGCAAUUGGCAUAUCGUUCAAUACCAUUCAAUGGGAAGUUGAAUUUCGCCUCUGACGUGUGUAUGGACGAGCGAGCAGCCAAGGAGUGUGGGGCCACCGAGCUGUACUAUCACUGUGUCCAGAUCGUACAGCGAAUGGAGAGACUAUCGCCUCGGAAAGAGGAAUACUACCUGUUGAAGGCGCUUAUCCUCUCAAAUUGUGAUGUUCUGCUGGACGAUUCCAGCUCGUUGCGAAACUUUCGCGAAUCCAUAUUGAAUUCAUUAAACGACUGUGUAUAUUUGCUCCGCCAUACGACAGCAGUAUCACAUCAACAGCAGUUGCUCCUCCUACUGCCGUCCCUGAGACAAGCCGACAAUAUAAUUCGAAGAUUUUGGCGUUCAGUUUGUCGCGAAGGUAAUGUGACUAUGAAAAGACUUUUCGUCGAAAUGCUAGAGAGAUAAAAAGAAAACUUACAAAAUCCUUAGUACAGUUAUGUAUAUAAAAUCCUAUAUAAUCAUACAAACAUAUAUAUACAUAUACAGGUAGUCAAAAAAUAUGUAGUUAUAGAUUAAAUAUAAAAACAAAAUAAUAAAUAACAAUAAGCAGAAUAUAGCAUUAAAUGUGUAAAGAUAAAGAAGGACAAACGAUGCGGGGGAAACAAAUAUUAUUAUGAUUAACACAAACAAAAAUCGCAAUAAUGGUGUAAUAUUGUUGUCUAAAUAUAUAUUUUAACUUACAACUAAAUGUGCUACCUAAGGAAAUCAUUUAAUUUUUAUGUCGUCAAAUUAUGAAUGACUUCAGUUUUAGUUUAAGAAUUUAAUUUAAUAGGUAGGUACUCGAAUGAGAAGCCAAUCUCACAAUUGGAUUGCGUCGCAAAAAGAUCUCCACAGCUGAAUUUAUAUAUCGAAAGAAAAAUACUAAUGAUUAAAGUACGUGCAUACAUACUAACCAAUCCUCGAGCUAAUAAAGUAAUAAAUUAGAAAGAAAACACAAAAAGGGGAAAGUCAUUUUUCGGUCUUAUCACAAAUUAGAUUGUGUUUAUAAUGUUUGCAUGUAACUGUAAAGAAUACAACAAAAAUAAAAUGUCUUAUAACUUUUCUGAGUACUUUUCCAAGUAAAUACAUAAAUGUAAAGAAUUACGAUAUAAUUUUGAUGGGAUAACUUUGAAAAAAGUUUAACCAAACAUCAAACACUGGGUUUAAAACAUACAAAACAAAAAAAGGAAAGCACCAAUGAAAACUUUGUAUUUAAAAAAAAGAAACAAAAACAUAUUAUAAUAGUUGUAAUAUAAUAUUUUAAGUUUUUUUUCUUUUCGUUGUAAAACAAAAGUAAUCAAAUAAAUUUAUUUUAAUUUU